UGUCACUGAAGAGUUUGACAGAUGACAACUCUGCUCUCGCGAAAGAUAAUGGAGUAGAUUUUAGUGUUGUCACUGUUGUCAGUGGAAAUUCGGUAAAUAGUUCUCAAUUGUGUAAUUUUUUCCUUCGUAAGUUGCUGAAGAGUUUAAAUUAAAAGAGUUUUCAUUGUGCUAUGCAAGAACUGUUCGAUUUUGCAUCAAUUCGUCUCUAAAAAGCGUUUUUUACAUUGUGUAAUGUUUCCUUACGUCAGCGUUUGAUGUUCAGUUGCAUUCCAUGAAAUGGAUCAAGCACAGGCAAAUGUUCCUGGCUGGCAUGAGCUGAAGAUUACAGUGGAAUGUGCCCACCUGAAACCGACCAACUUCCUCCUCAAACCGACGCCCUACGUCGAAAUAUCCGUCGACGACAAAACUCCAGUGAAGACGGAGACUGUCAAGACGACGCUCCAACCGAAAUGGGAUGAAACGUUCAAGGUGCUUGUUACGCCGCAGUCCAAGAUUAACUUCGUCGUCAAAGACCACAAUAAUUUACGCAAGGAUACCACCAUUGGGGAGAAGAAGGUCGAGUUGUAUUUGCUGCUGUUCCAUUUUAACGGCAGAUGCGACAAUCUCGACCUAACCCUGGAUUUGAUGAACGACAGCAAACAAAUCGAAACCGCCACGAAAGUCGGCGAACUGAUGUGCACUUUCAAAGGUCUGAUCGUUGAUAUGUCGAACUACGCUCGUUCUAGCACCACUCCUUUGACUCAGAACGCAGGCAACAGUAGCGAUUCUUCGCACCGCAGCGUCUUGAACGGAAUCAGAGCCAAGCUGAGGACGACUGGGGCCGAAAAUGUCGUGCCGAGCUUCUCCAGAAACAGCUUGGAGAGUGCCGAGAGGCGCCCCUCCAUGUCCGUCGUGCCCCUCGCAAUGUCGCCCAGCACCAACAGCAUUCCCAAUGGUAGUAUUGGUCCACCUAUAACAGUGCCAAACGGCAACAUUGCGCAGAGCGAACCGGAAGAAAACAGAACAGACUCUGAACCUCUACCGCCUGGCUGGGAGAUGCGAUUUGAUACUUACGGAAGACGAUAUUAUGUCGAUCAUAACACUCGGUCGACUUCUUGGGAGAGGCCGCAGCCCCUGCCCACUGGAUGGGAAAUGCGCCGCGAUCCUAGAGGUCGCGUCUACUACGUUGAUCACAAUUCCCGUACGACGACAUGGCAGAGACCGAACUCUGAACGACUGCAGCACUUCCAGCAAUGGCAAGGACAGAGACAGCAUAUAGUCCAACAAGGUAACCAGCGGUUCUUGUACUCUCAACAUCAACCAACUGGACCCGCUCCCGCUCCUGGACCGUCUGCCGUGUCAGAUGAGGAUGACGGAUUGGGUGCCCUGCCUGCGGGAUGGGAAAAGAGAGUACAGCCAGAAGGUCGCGUAUAUUUUGUCAACCACAAAAACCGCACGACGCAAUGGGAGGACCCAAGAACCCAAGGCCAAGAAAUAAGCGAAGUGGAGGAAGUAGCCUUACCGCCUGGGUGGGAAAUUAGAUACACUGAAGACCAAAAACGAUAUUUUGUAGACCACAACACGAAGACCACCACUUUUGACGAUCCCCGUCCCGGCGCUCCUAAAGGCCCCAAAGGAGUUUAUGGGGUGCCGAGAGCCUACGAGAGGUCUUUCAAAUGGAAAAUCAGUCAGUUCAGAUUCCUGUGUCAAAGUAACGCCCUGCCAAGUCACAUCAAAAUACAGGUGACGAGACAAACCUUGUUCGAAGACUCUUUCCACACGAUCAUGCGCCUACCUGCUUACGAGCUACGUCGCAGGCUGUACAUCAUUCUCAAAGGCGAAGAAGGACUAGAUUACGGUGGCGUGAGUCGAGAAUGGUUUUUCCUGGUCUCUCACGAAGCUCUCAACCCCAUGUACUGCCUCUUCGAGUAUGCCAACAAGAACAACUACAGUCUGCAGAUAAAUCCCGCUUCAUAUGUUAAUCCGGAGCAUUUGACAUACUUCAAAUUCAUAGGCCGGUUCAUAGCGAUGGCGCUCUACCACGGCAGAUUCAUAUAUUCCGGUUUCACGAUGCCCUUUUACAAAAGAAUGCUCGGCAAGAAGUUGGUCAUGAAGGACAUCGAGACGAUCGAUCCCGAAUUCUAUAACUCGCUGGUUUGGAUCAAAGAGAACGACAUCGACGAAUGCGGCUUAGAACUGUACCACAGCGUCGAUUUCGAGGUGCUUGGCCAAGUCGUGCACCACGAACUGAUCAAGAACGGCGACAAGGAACGCGUAACCGAAGAGAACAAGGAGGAGUACUUGACUUUGAUGACCGAUUGGAGGAUGACACGAGGCAUCGAGCAACAGACUCAGGCUUUCCUCGACGGAUUCAACGAGGUCGUGCCGAUCGAGUGGCUGAAGUACUUCGAUGAGCGCGAGUUGGAACUUCUGCUGUGCGGGAUGCAGGAAAUCGACGUAGAGGAUUGGCAGAGGCACACCAUCUAUCGGCACUAUACGAGGAACAGCAAACCAGUGGUGUGGUUUUGGCAGUUUGUCAAGCAGUCCGACAAUGAAAAGAGGGCUAGGCUCCUGCAGUUCGUCACUGGCACCUGCCGCGUGCCGGUCGGAGGAUUCGCCGAGCUAAUGGGAUCGAACGGACCACAGCGCUUCUGCAUAGAAAAGGUAGGCAAGGAAUCCUGGUUACCGCGAUCGCACACCUGCUUCAACAGGCUGGAUUUGCCGCCCUAUAAGAGCUACGAACAGUUGGUAGAGAAACUGACGUACGCCAUCGAGGAGACCGAUACUUUCGGGCAAGAGUGAACACGAUUUUUUGUAUUUGUAUAUGUACCUGAUUCCAACAUAUAAGUCUGUAUUCUUUCGAUGAAAGAGUUUCUUUCUAGGGCGUAGUCUAGGGCUCUGUUUUGAUUGGAUGAUUCAGGUGGUGGAGCAGGAAAGGCAUGUAUUCGAAAGGGAUAUGUCGAUAGCAAAUUGGCGUAUUUAAGGUCCAUUUAGUUCAUUCCAAGGUAGAUGAAACCAUCAAUCAGUUUUGAUGCGAGAGUUCAUAAAAAUUGAUAGUCAUAUGUUCCUGUCAUUCGACAAAGUAACACCUAUGAAAAACUUCAGCUGUCACACAUGUUAUCUAUAGUGGAAAGAUGGAAUGAACUCUUCAAUAUUAUAAUGGUCUAAAUUGAUAACACCAAAUAUCAUUUUAGAUGAAGUCUUAUAAUCGAGCUUAGUUCAGUUGAAACUCGACUUUAAUGUCUAUGAAAUCGGUCAUUUAAUGAGAAAAGUAGUUGAAGAAAUUAAAAGUUCUAGAAAGUUAAAUUUGAAAACUAUUAUGAAUAGCAGCUUUCUAACACUGGUUAUGUAGGAAGGAAGCACAUACAGGUGGCAGGCCACAAUGAAAAUAAUAUACAAUGAAAUCAAUACACUUUCGAUGAACUUUUGCUGGUGCAGUCAAAAAUUAUCGUCUACUGUCAAUUUUCCCAGAGAUCAUAAUCAUUUUACUGCAGGUUUCAGAGGCUCGCACUGUCCAUAUGUAAUUUAAAAUAUAGAUAAUAUUUAAGUUUCUACAAUUUUCUUUCUCAUUUUCAGGAAUCAACUAAUUUUUUUCUCAGUUUAUGAAAGAUUUUGUUAUUGCUGAUUCAUCUAUCAGAGGUGUGAGUUUCAAAGAAAAAGUAUUGAAUUUUUUUAGUAUCGUCAGAACGAUAUUUGUGUCGACUAUUUUUCUGCUGAUUUGGGGGCUGUUCAAGCAUUAUGUAAGCAUAUUUAUUACAAUUAUUUACCCCACCUCCAUUGUCAGCAAAAGUAAGCAAAGCUCUUACUCAACUGCUGCUGACUUAAUCAUCAUCUAGACCCCCCACCCCCCUAUAGUGCUCAUGUAAUACUUGAACGGCCCGUAUUCGAAACGGUGUGGUUUUAGUUUUUUCAGGCGUUUCUUUGACUGAACUAUCUAUCAAAUACAAUGCACAUUUUUGGAGGAUUACAUGCAAUAAUUUAUCGGAAAACGAUAAACUUCAUUAAACGUGAAAUAAAAUUUAAAAAAUAUCACUGGUCUUGUUGAGUCCGGGAGGUACAACUUGUCGUAUGUAGGAAGAGCUUUCUGAAUUCCGUUAUUGGCCCGCCCACUAGAUGUGCGUUUGUUUAGAAGACUAUGAGAGCGAGAGAGAAAGAACUGUCAAGUCUUCCUAGAUUCGACAAGCUGUACCUUGAAGUUUCCCUCUAUAUUGAUGAAACCCUUCGAGUCUGUUGUUUUUGUGGUCGAGUUUCGCUGGAGAUUUCCUUCUUUCAUAAUUUCACUGGGAAAGGGUUCAUGACACAAAUGUUCAAUGGCGUUUGUAGGUACAUAUCUGAGAGGUAUAGUAAAACAUGAAACGAAAAAUCGCCUGUAUGAAACGUGGGUUCUAUUCUACAUCGAUUAUACAUUUUUGUUUGUUGAUGGUACGAUUCUUAUAUGUAACAAUUUUUAUUCCUAAAAUGAGGCAUACCCCAUUCGGUUUUGUAGUAUUUCACAGUAUUUGGUUGAUGCUGUUAAGAAGGAAUUUGUAUUUGAAUGUGAUAUGUAGUAAUACGUGGGCCUAUUAUUUCUCGUGUGUAGAUUAGUCCGUGUAAAUAUUGAAGUAACAGUAGAAAAUAUAGCACAUAUACAAUAUUUACGGAGAUGUAUUUAUUUUCUGAAAAUAUACCGACAUUCCUGACUAAUUUUUUUCUCGUGAACACGAUGAUCGCAAGGCCUCAACUGAGAACCAAAGGUUUUAAUUGUUUUUCUAUUCAGUAUAUUUAUUUUGGAUAAUUAUCACUGUAUAUUCUAGCUUAAUGUAUAGUAUGAUGUAAAUGAGAUUACGUUAUUUUGUAAAUAUUAUUU